GAGAGAAGAUCAUGGCGCCCAAUCAACGUCAACGUCAGCUCGUUUUGUCGAAGAGGGAAUUAAAAAAGAUCAAUGGAAGGAGAUUUUCCAAGCCGGAGGAAUCUUCCGACGCGGGACUCAUUCACCCUGGCUAUGAUACGGCCUUCAAACUACUGCUGUCGGCGAGAUUUUGUUCCGCUAUAUGGAGUCAUAUCACAGACUGCGAUGAGACGUUCAAUUACUGGGAGCCGAGUCACUAUCUGCUCUAUGGAACAGGCCAGCAGACGUGGGAAUACAGUCCCCAAUAUGCCCUGCGUUCGUACAUGUAUCUAUUAGUGCACAUAGUACCAGCAAAGGUUUACCAUUAUUUAUUGGAACCCAAUCCUGUGCUGGUUUUCUACUUCAUACGAUGCCUCUUAUCUGUAGGCUGUGCGUUAUCCGAAGUAUACUUCUACAAAAACGUUUGUCGCGAAUUUGGGACCCACAUAGCGAGACUCACAUUGGUAUUCCUUAUUCUCAGCUCUGGAAUGUACAUCUCCAGCGCUGCAUUUUUACCAUCGUCUUUCUCAAUGUACUUCAGUACUGUCGCUACAGCAGCUUGGUACGCCCGCCAAUAUGAACUGGCUAUAUUCGCUACUGCCAUCUCUUCGUUACUGGGAUGGCCAUUUGCUGCACUACUCGGGCUUCCUAUUGCCGUCGAAAUGUUGGUGCAGAAACAGGAAUGGCUGAGAUUUAUCAAGUGGUUUGUCAUAUCCGCUGUCGUAAUUGCGAUACCAAUGGUAUGGGUAGAUUCCAUGUACUUUGGCAAAUUCGUCGCCGCGCCAUUAAACAUUAUAUUGUACAAUGUCUUCACUAGCCACGGGCCCAACAUUUACGGCACUGAACCGUUCAGCUAUUACAUCAUCAACGGGUUCUUGAAUUUCAACUUUGUCUUUAUUGGCGCAAUGUUAGCGCCUUUAGGCUUGCUUCUAGCAUGGCUAAUUGUGCCGGCACGGCCGAGAGACCGUUUGUGUCUUUCUUAUUGGUAUUCACUGGCUCCCUUAUAUCUGUGGAUCCUCGUGUUUUUCUUUCAGCCGCACAAGGAGGAACGGUUCUUGUUUCCGAUAUACCCUAUGAUCUGCUUGGCAGGCGCUAUAACGGUGGAUAUCGCGCAGAAGUUGUACUUCUUCGUUCGAACGAAGCUCAAUCCGUCGCACAUCAGUUGUCACUACUUACAAUAUACCGCGCAUAUCACCGUUCUAGCGAUACUAACGUGCGGUCUCUUGGGACUGUCGAGGUCUUUGGCGAUUUAUAAAGGGUAUUACGCUCCUAUGGAAGUUAUGACCGAGGCGAACAAACUGGGCGCCGAGGGCGCAGUGCCCAACGACGUUAACGUAAAUUUCUGCGUCGGCAAAGAGUGGCAUCGCUUCCCCAGCAGUUUCUUCUUCCCGUCCAGCAAUUGGAAGUUGCAAUAUUUGAGGUCGGAGUUCAGGGGACAGUUACCCCAACCUUUCCUGGACCACGAGAAUGCAACGAGUAUGAUACAACCGCAUUUUAACGAUUUGAACAAAGAAGAAACAUCACGUUAUAUUAACCUCGACAAAUGUCACUUUCUGUUAGACCUGGAUGUGGGCACCGAGACGGCCUCGGAGCCGAAUUAUUCCCACUUAAGUGACCAUUUUACCAUUGUGAAAUCUUCCAAAUUUCUAGAUGCAUCGAAAUCACAUCCGUUUUUCAGGGCUUUUUACAUCCCACUUUUAUCCCAUAAAUUUUGUACGUACGGCUCGUAUAACUUAUUGCAAAGUAAUAAGUUGAAAUCCAUGCUUUUGUCCUCUAAACAGAAGAAUUCCAAGCUUUCGUAAACAAGAGACAGAAUUUCGGAUUAUAUCUUAGAAAUGAUCAAUCGCGUAAUUUGCAAUGCCAGAGAAAUAUCUUUCGUUAUUAUGUAUGAUUUUUGUAAUAAUGUACAUAUUACAUUACGAUAAUUAGUUAAAAAAUUCCAGUUAAAGAAUUUCAUCUGAGAUCUCAUCGUCCUAAUGACAUUUUUUUGUACAUUUGCUCUCAGCUAUAUAUUUUAAUCUUGUGAAAUAAUAUA